AUGGCGAGUAAUGGAAGUGAUCGGCGAUUAUCUCUGAGACAACGAUCGGUGACCACGAAGUUUGGUAUCGAUGACUACCAAAGUGUGGAUAAAUGUGUGAACAGAAAGUCCCGCAAAACGCUUAUCGACUUAUCCAGCGAUGAAGUGUCGGAUCAAAUGAGUGACAAAUUGGUUGACAGUCCGGUCCUCACAAACAGUCGACCUCUUCGGUCAAAACAAGACAAUCAAUCGAUUCAAACGAAUGGCAAGAAUGAUAUCCCUUUGACUAACGGAAAGGCAAAGUCGUCCGCAAAACAGUCGCCUAUUAAGAGACGCCUCUUUGUGGACACAAAUGGAGAGACAGACAAAACGGAUGAUAAUAAAAGAGCUCUUCGGCAAAGAGGUGUUAAAACGCCCACAAAUUCGGUGACAAAUGGGAGCGAAAAGAGUUCAGAGAAGGACUCAAAACGGAAACCAAAGAUACCAAAAGAGACAUCAAAAAAGACACCAAAAGUUUGUGAUAAGCAAUGUUUGGAUACGAGUGAAGACAAACAGGUGUUGUCGACAAAGAAAAAGAGCGUUGAAAUGAAUGGCAAAGUAGAGCCCAAACCGGUGAAGAAUGGCGUGUUGUCGACAAAGAAAAAGAGCGUUGAAAUGAAUGGCAAAGUAGAGCCCAAACCGGUGAAGAAUGGCGUCAAAAGGAAGUCCAAAGUUUUUGCUAAGAGUAAGGAAUCACUUGAUUUAGCGCUCGAGAGGUUGAGCUCCAACUCGAUUCCCGAAUCGCUUCCGUGUCGUGAAUCCCAAUUCAAAGAUAUUCUUAAUUAUGUCGAAAGCAAACUCAUCGAAGGGAACGGCGGAUGUAUGUAUAUAUCGGGAGUUCCCGGCACUGGAAAGACGGCAACCGUUCGGGAAAUGAGACGUAAACUCGAAUCGAGUAAUAAAUACCCGAAAUUUACAUUCAUUGAAGUAAAUGGUCUCAAAUUGAGUGAUCCCUUCCAGUGUUACGUUCAGAUACAUUACGAGUUGACGGGAGAGAAGAAGUCGUCGUACGCGGCGGCCGAUGCCCUCAACGACCGCUUCUCGAACGCCGAUUCCGACAACGAGUUUGUGAUACUAUUUGUCGAUGAAUUGGAUUUAUUGCGGACUCGAAAGCAAAACAUUUUAUACCAUUUGUUUGAUUGGCCGACACGUCAUAACUCGAAGCUAAUAGUGUUAGCGAUCGCUAACUCAAUGGAUUUGCCCGAAAAACUUAUGAUCAAUCGGGUGUCGAGCCGUCUCGGACUGACUCGGCUCUCGUUUCAUCCCUACUCUUACCGCGAACUCGAGUCUAUCAUUAGCUCAAGACUCGAAGGUUUGCACAAUGUUUUUGACGGCGACGCUCUUCAACUCAUUUGUCGCAAAGUGGCCGCAGUUUCGGGCGACGCCAGGCGUGCACUCGAUAUUUGUCGGCUAUCCGUACAGACGGCACAAAUGGCCGACGAAUUGACGGUAUCGUUGAAAUCAGUGGACACUGCGCUCCAAGAGAUCUUCAAUUCACUGAAAUUGGUUCGCAUCCGAAACGCAACACUUAUGGAGAAACUCUUUUUGCAGUCAAUUGUUCAGGAGUUCCGCAUCUCUGGUCUCGAAGAAUGCAAUUUUAUAGAUAUUUUCAAACAUCAGAUAGAGAUGUGUCACUUCGAGGGUCACUACACGCCCAGCACUGUUGAGGUGGAGAAGAUUGCCUACAAUUUGCACACUUCGAGGCUUAUUAUACUGGAAAAGAGUGGUUCCCAUCUCUAUAAACGCAUUCGUCUCAAUGUGUCCGUCGAUGACAUCAAUUUUGCCCUUAAAAUGUGA